UAUGAAGAACGCCAUAUUGCUGCAUAGGACGUAAACAUAGCGUACGCACAUUGUCGAAAAAUUUUUACCACCUAUGUAGCCGCAUAAGCAUAUGCAUAAUAAGGUUAACCAAUCACGUGCUUAAUAUAAAGACUACAAAAUUGCUGCACAACACAUAAGCAGAACAUGUGCAUAUGCAGAAAAAUUUCAUAUUGUUGAUAUAUUAAUUGAUUUUAUCUGUUGAAAAUACUCUCAAGAUGGAUUGUGAAUUAUCCAGUGACAAAGAAAACAUAAAUGAGCAGGAUUGUACAUACGAAUAUUGUGAAGAAGAUGCUGAUGUUGUUCUAAUAGAUCUCGUUAAAAACUUUCUCUUUCUUUAUGAUAAAAGUGCAACAGAUUUUCAAAACGCAAAGAAGAAGGAACGUAUAUGGAUGGAAAUUUCUGAAUAUUUAAAGUUACCAAUUACGGAUUGUCAAAAUAGAUGGCAAAGACUUAGAGAAAAAUUUUCUCGCGAAAAGAAAAGAAGAGAACUAGAAACCCGAAGUGGCAGUGGAGCAUCUACAAGACCUACGUUCUUAUUAUAUAACAACAUGAAAUUUUUAGAUUCUUUUGUUAAAAGCAGGAAAACUUAUACAAACAUUACACCACGAGGAACACAUUUUAUUUGUAAUAUACCCAAAACCAAAAGUAUUUUACAAAAGUGUAAGCCAGUUGAAACUAUUAAUAGCAUGUCUGCUCCAUCUGAGGUAUUAAAAUCUUCAUCACCAUUAUCAAUACUGUCGUCUUCAUCAUCUGUAUCUUCAUCUCCAUCCCUAUCUUCAACCUCAUCUUUAUCGCCAAGUAUUAAUGAAAAUUUGUCAUUAAUGCAAUCACGCAUAAAAUCUACGCCAGAAAAUCAAGAAAUUUCGUCACCAGUACAACCAUGCAUAAAAUCUACGCCAGAAAAUAAAGCAAUUUUGCCAUCAAUGCAACCAUGCAUAAAAUUUAUGCCAGGAAAUAAAAAAAACAAAGCAAAAUGUACAAUUAUUCAAGAAGCGGACGAAGUUGACAAAUCGUUUAUGAAUUAUUAUCAUCUGUUAUGUCUCAACAUUUCUCAGGUAAACAAAAAAUGGAUGAAGAUGAUGUUUUUGGUAGCACAAUUGCAUUUCAAUUACGUAAAAUAGAAGAACCACGGAAGACACAAUUAAAAAGAAAGAUUAUGAAGAUUUUAUAUGAGUUUUAAAGAUAAUUUUUUAUUACAUCUUAUAACAGUUAUGUUAAAAUCACAUUAGGUUUGCUCUCUGUAGCUGAAGCGGCUGCACUAAUUGAGUUUAUCUUUUUCUUUCAAAUGUAGAGUAAAAAAGAUAAACUCUGAACUAGUGUAGCUAGUUCAGCUAUAGAGAACAAACCUAUUGAUUCAUGUCAAGACGGUUCUUGUACAACUGUAGUAGGGUUUGCAUAAUUGCAUACAAAUAUACAGCAAUCUUAGAGCAAUUGAAUAUUUUAAGUGCAAGUGAACAUUUUAAGUCAAAAUGUUAAGUUUCAUUGCAUGGACAAAAGCAUAUAAAACUGAAAAUUUUUUGUUUUUUUUUUUAGUUACUACAUAAUUUUAUCUGCGGAUAAUAUUUAAUUUGUUGUUUUUAUGCUUUAUAAGUUGCUGUGCACUAAAAGACUUAUAUUAAACGUUUUGUUUAUUUGAAGUUUUUUUAGUUUAUUUUCUUUUUAAUUUUAUUUUCUAUUACAAAUAAAAUAAGCAUAAAAUUUUUGUUUGCUUGAAAAUAAACUUUUAUUUAUAACUUUAAGACGUAUUAAUGUGUUCUAUGAUAACAAAUAUUAUUUUGUUCAAAUGUAUUAAAAUUUUUACAUUUCAUUAUAAUCAAAACCAAAGUAAAAGUGAUAUUAAGUUAUAUGCAUUGUUGCCACUUGUUUUACAUUAAUUAUAUAUGUAAUUCAGCACAUAGAUAUGUAUAUUUUUGUACUUUUGAUACAGAAAUAAAAAAAUAAAAAUAGUA